AUGUCCGAUUCCAAGGAAAUACACCAAGAAAUUCGGAAAGAAGGCUUCUUUGACGAAGAAAACAGUAACCUUUCGUCCACGGCAAAUGGAUCAGCAAAUGCAUAUCCCAGUCUAAAUAACAAAGACUUGAAAAAUUUUAUCCUGCUUGUCAUCCUAUACUUGUUACAGGGAGUUCCGGUCGGUUUGGCGUUCGGCUCCGUCCCUUUUCUCCUCAAAUCGAAAUUGUCAUAUUCGCAAAUUGGAAUUUUUUCCCUGGCAACUUACCCAUAUUCCCUCAAAUUACUGUGGUCUCCAAUUGUCGAUGCCACUUAUUCGAAAAAAUUGGGUCGCAGAAAAAGUUGGAUAAUACCAAUUCAAAUAUUGACCGGCGUGGUGUUCAUGUGGCUUGGAACUCACAUCGAUCAGAUGUUCGAUAAGGAGAAGCCAGACGUCUAUUCCCUUACACUGUUGUUUUUUACAUUGGUACUUUUUUCCGCAACACAAGAUAUAGCAGUUGACGGAUGGGCAUUGACGUUAUUAUCCAAAAGCAGUCUGUCUUAUGCGUCCACGGCACAAACCAUUGGACUAAAUACGGGAUACUUUUUGUCUUUUACCGUCUUUCUUACGUUCAAUUCGGCUGAGUUCAGCAAUAAAUAUUUCAGAGGCGUUCCAAGCGAGAAAGGUAUUUUGGAACUUGGCAACUAUCUUUCUUUCUGGUCUCUAAUUUACUUCGGAGUGACAGCAUGGUUGUUAUUCGUUAAAAGUGAGGAUGCGCCGCAGAUCGACGACUAUAUGGACAUUAAAACUGUCUAUCGAACAAUAUGGAACAUUUUCAAGAUGCCACACAUGCGCAAGUUCAUUACGGUGCUUCUCUUAUCAAAAAUAGGUUUUAUUGCCAACGAAGCUGUUACUGGACUUAAGCUCUUAGAAAAGGGUUUUAAUAAAGAAGAUUUGGCCUUGGCCGUACUAAUCGAUUUUCCUAUUCAGAUCCUCGUCGGUUAUUAUGCUGCAAAGUGGAGUAAUGGAAGCCAACCGUUGAAACCUUGGAUAUAUGCUUUCUAUGGGCGUCUGUUUUUUUCCAUUGUUGGUAUGUUGGUUGUACACAGCUUUCCUGACGAUAAGGAAAUAUCAAACGGUUUUUACUUCACCGUAAUCGCGAGCACGGUGCUAAGUUCUUUUACGAGCACUGUUCAAUUCGUUAGCCUUUCAGCGUUUAUGUCCCUGAUCGCCGAUCCCAUAAUUGGUGGAACCUAUAUGACCCUCCUGGCAACCUUCAGUAAUUUUGGUGGAACUUGGCCUCGUUUUUUCGUCCUUGAGGCGGUCGACUAUUUCACCGAGGCUGUAUGUUACGGCCAAAAUGCCACCUUUUCCUGCGUCACCGAAUAUGACAAGUCCACGUGCAAAGAUUUAGGUGGUACAUGCGUGGUUAAUCGGGAUGGUUAUUAUAUCACUUCCAUUAUAUGUGUGACUACUGGAACCUUGUGUUUAUUUGGAUUUAUCUUACCCCAAAUUAAAAAUCUACAAGUAUUACCCCCUAAAGCGUGGAAAAUUAGGGUAGAAUAA